ACACGAGGGCUAGCAAACGGCUAAAGCAACGGGAAAAUCGCUGAGACAGGACCUCUCACACACGCGCACUCACACACACUACUCUGUAUAAAUAUAUAUAUAAAUCUAUAUAUGUAUAUGUGAAGCGCCAAGUGCCAGUGUCCUAGAAAUUAAACACAAUACGAGUAUAAAUCCAAAUCGAAUGCGAUAAUGGAAAAUUAAUUGCCCAUCGGCUUUGUUGUCGCAUGUUAUCAGCGGAACUGGCGUCGUCGACGGCUUUGUUGAAUGCGAGUUAUCAGCGCAGCAACGGCCCAACAAAAGAUGAAGUUUGCCCCUCGACAACAUAUGACAAGUGCCACACAACGACAGGAGCAACAUCAGGAGCAGCAGCAACAGUCGCAGCAGCAACAGCCACAAUGACCAAGCAAUUGACAACGGCAACUGCAACAAAUGCGGCAUCGAGCAUAGGGCAAGCGGGUGAUUUGGCGCCCACAGUUAUAUCCCCAACCGCAGCCACAACACUCGAGACGGGAUCAGGCGGUGGAGCUGGAGGGUCAUUGGGAGCAGGUGGAACCAUUUCACCUGUCAGCGAGACAACAAAGACUUUGGCCCAGCCACAACCCGUUGAGGAGAAGCCCUCGAGUAGCGAUGCCAGUGGCAGAUCGGCGGCUCUGGAGCGUGCUUAUGUGCAUGAUGUCUACGAGCAUUGUGAGGAACCCACGGGUCCGGUCCGUCCUCGGAUGGCCCACUUUCUUAGCAGUCUCGACCCCGGGUCCGUGGUCUGCGACGUGGGCUGCGGCAGUGGAAGGUACCUCACCCAGUGCAACCCGGCCAUCUGCACCAUUGGCGUUGAGCGCUGCUAUCGGCUGAGCAAAGUGGCUCAUGAGAAGGGUGGCGAGGUUGCUCUUUGUGACAAUCUGGAACUGCCGUUCCGGGACGACAGUUUCGAUGCAGUUUUGUCGCUGGCGGUAGUUCACCACUUUGCCACCACGGAGCGACGUGUUCAGGCUCUAAGGGAGCUAGCCAGGAUCCUGAGGAUCGGUGGCCGAGUAGUUAUCACUGUGUGGGCGCUGGAACAAAGACAUCGACGCUUUGAGUCGCAGGACGUACUGAUACCCUGGCAACCACCAAAGAAUAGGAACUAUUCAUACUCUGAUGAAGAGGACGACGACAACUUCCAGCCACCCUACCAUGCGUAUACGGAGGACUCGACGAAUUCCAGUAGAUCAGCGGGAGAUGGAGAUAGCUCCAGCCUCAGUUCGUCCUCGCCGGGAGAAUCUUGCUAUAGCUUCGUUCGCCGUGCUAUUCAAAAACUGGCUCGUGGACGCCGGCAUGCUUGGUUUAUGGACUCGUGGUCCUCAAAAGAUACCAAGAACGACAGCAGUCUGGACUACGAGGACGCCAAGGACCUGCCCAUCGAGCUGCGACGCCUGGAGGACUUCGAGGACUUUCCCGAUCCGCCAUUAUCGGCUGGCCUCAAAUCCAGGAGUUUGGGAAGCAUUCUGCAACCGCCACCCCGCCAGAUUGUUCGCUCUCGGUCCAGUGUUCCCAGCCUGGGAGGUCCUUUGAUUCCUGGUGAAUCGAAGGCAAGUGCAGCGGCUCUGCUACUCAAUACCCCGGAGAGUCAGCAACUGCAGUUACAACUCCAGAUGAAUGGAAGACAUUCGCCUACCACCACGGCAAGUGCUGGAAAUACGUUGAGCAGGAGGCCCAAGCUCAUCAAACAGAAACAAUCCUUGUGCGAUGAUGAUGCCGCCACGCCUCCUGCCCCCGAAUCCUUUCAGAUGGUUAGCAGUUUAAAUGGAUCCAAUGGUUUAGUCAGCAGUAGUUUAUACACGAAGAGUGGCUGCUAUGCUGGUAACUUCCAUCAACAUGCAUCGUCGACGGCCACGCCCCCUUCAGGAGAUCCUGCCGAGGGAGGAACAUCGGUAGGAUCGGGAGCACCCACAUUCCUGCGCAAACAGAGCUCUUUGAAUGAAGACCUGAUGGCCGUCAAUCGCUUGAGGGAAAAGGAAAGAGUCCGGAAACGCAUACAAAAACAAACCUCCCUCAACGAAGCCUUCCUGUGCAGAUCAGCCCUAUUCUCCAAGCGACUCCAAGUAAUCCGCGAGGGCUUCACUACUAAGAUAAAGAGUUCGACAGGCAGUCUGGAAAGGGUGACCAAAACAGGCAUAAGCAAACUGAUUCAAAAUAUCAAGAGUGUGCCGCAUGCUCAGACAAAUCCUGCCCAGAAUCCCACACAAACGGACAAGAACUCCACGCUGAAUAACAACAAUAAGCAAGGUGGAACAGCGCUGAACCAUCAGCACCACCAUCAUCACCAUCAUCAUCCUGUACAUCAUCUGUCCCACUUAAUACUGCCCGCAUCCUCAACUUCGGGACCCGUGACGUACUGCAGCAGUGUGGAGUGCACCAUGGGGAAUCUAUGUCACUGCAGUCAGUAUCAGCAGGAGUGCCCUGCCUGUGCGGAUGGCAGUCAAGGUGACAAGGCUAGAAGGCAUUCACGGGAAUCUGGCUCAGACUCCUCCAAGGACAGCAGCCUGCAAUCGGACACUAGUAUCGAGUCGGAGGACAGCUUCGCUUCGGUCAUAUUUAUACCCAAGCCGGAGCAGCACCAGCAGCAGCUGAACUAUCAGCAGCAGCACCAGAACUCCAACUCUAGCUCGAGCAACUCCUCCUCUAGCAAUGGGCAAAGAGCUCAGGGUGCCGCCGGUCGGGAUCAGGGAGUGAAUUCCGGCUCUCGAUUGCCGCCCACCCACUCAGUGCCAACGUCACCGUUAAUCAUGCCCUGCCCUCCCACUCCAGCUCACUCGCCGGCUGCCAUCCAGGGCACCGUGACAUCUCCGCCACAAUCCACGUCAGCAGUUUCAGCCGCCAUGGCUAUCUUGACUCCACCCUCGAAACCAGCUCGGUUCAGCUUCGAUGAAGCCCACAUCAAGCUGCAAAAGGAGCAGCAUAUAGAUCUUCAUAAGGAACCACCCAAAGAGAAAAAGGAGCCGCUUAAGGAGUUGCCAAGGGAUCCGCUCAAGGAGUCACCGCCGGUACGCAGGAUCACCCGCCAGGCCAUCAGAGACUUACCGCCCAUUCCCAAGUUCCGGAAACAACAAUCUCUGCAAUUGCAACGCCAGAGUUUUCCCAUCGUAAGAAGAGCUUCAGGGUCGGGCGUGUCCACCUCGGCAUCGUCCUCCUCUCUGGCCAGCAAACUGCUUUCCCUCGAGCUCUUUAAUCCGGCCACUGAUGAUCUGGACAGCGACUCCAGUGAACCCUCCUCACCGGAUUCCAUAGAUAGUGUAAUUAGUGCUCCGAGAUCGGCUAAGGUGCCUUCGGGCAGUGACGAAGGAGGAGCUGCCUCCGCGAACUCAAACUCCGCUUCGCAGGACGAAGGAGAGCCAAGUUUAGCGCAGAUUAUUAGUAUACAACAGGAACAGUACCACAAAGGAGAACUGCAGAUCAAUAGUUCCCGAUCCCAGGCCGAAGAUGAUAUAAUCCUGAAUGCGGAUAGUGCUCCUCUGCUUCCCGAAAAGAGGGAGUCUACCCAAAAGCAGGAUUGUGCAGAAUUCGCGGAACAACUUACUGCCCAGCUUCAGCGGGAACUGGAAGACAAAAGCAAUCGCACCGAGUGUCGAUAUCUGGAUGGGAUAGGAAUGGGAGAUCUAUCUGAGUUCUUGGGCGGCGGCAAGAAGCGCUCCAAUGGCGAUUUGAGUGCAUUUCGGGAUGAGCUCAGGGAACGUCGAUUGAUGCUGGCCAAUCUUUCCACGCAGCCAAGUCUGCAACAAUCCCCGGUGAGCUCGUCCACUUCCUCACUAUCCUCACAGACCCGUAGCUUCACGAUACACGAGGAAGAUGGCGAGGAAGAAGAGGAGGAGAACGAGUCAAGCUACUCCCUGGGCGUUUAUGAACACUGUAAGAUCUCCAAGUUCAACUACAAUAGGAAUCGACACUAUCAGCUGAACCCGGAAACAGCCUACCUUCUGCAGGACGACGACAGUGAUGUGCGGGAAGAUGAGGAUGAUGUUAUACCCGAGGAAGAGGAACAAGACGAGGAUGCGGAAGCAGAGGCCCUGGAGGCCAGAGGUGGUGAUCAGCUAGGCGAAGGAAUGGCGGAUUACGGUCAACGCAGACGCAACAUGGCUGCCCUGAAGGUCCAGCCAGCGACGACCCAGCAACAGCAGCCGCAGAAGGAGCCAAAUCAACCGGCAAAUCUACAACAGCGACCCUCCAACGACUCCCUGGAGCACUCGAACAGCUCCACCAACUCCCUAGACAGCCCAUCGCAGGGAGGAGCCAGUACUCACCACCGCUACUAUCAUGUGUUCCGCGAGGGAGAGCUGGAUGCACUGAUCAAUCACCAUGUGGCCAGCCUGCACAUCGUUAGCUCCUACUACGAGCGGGCCAGCUGGUGUGUGGUGGCCGAAAAGGUUCAGGUGUGGACCAUCUAAGCAACCAACUCUCAUACAGGGAUUCAAAAUGAAACUUAGGUCUUGACUAUUGAACCUGACUCCAGGAUCAAAGCUGAUUCCUUCGGAUCUUUAUUUAAUUUAAAACUUACAACCAAUAUUUUGAUCGAGUAAGUUGACCCAUUUGAAUCCCUGCACCAUUCCCUAGCUGUAGUCUCUAAUCUGAUGCCCCCAAAGGAAUUGUUAAAUUUAGUCUAUUACUCUAGUCGGCUGGCGAAUCGGGGCGGGGAAGGCCCGUCCUGGGAUCCAGCACUAAUUUAUUGUUAGCAGGCCUGCUCAAGGACGCGAACGCAGGAUGGCACUGCAUUGAAAUCCAAUUUCAAAGGACAACCUAGCUAUAAGAUCGUCGAAAAAAUCGAAUCGAAUGCGAUAACGAAACAACGCAAGCUAAAUACAAAUCUUACUAGUUAUACGAGCAUAAUCUAUUUACAACGAGCAUCAGUUUGUAUCUUGCGCUUUUUUCAUACUAAGUUUCAAGCACUUUAAGCUAUCAUUUCGAAGCGAAUAAUCAUCAAACGUCCAUUAAAGAACAAAACAAAUAUACCAACUUAUACAUGAGUAAAUAAGGAAAUACAAUAUAUAGAAAAAAGUAAUAUAGCGAAUUCAUAUAUACACUUCUUAACGCCGCAAAGUUAAAAAAUAGAACCCUCUAACUAACGAAUAUCAAUAACUGCAUUUAAAUCUAUGAGAGAACCGUAUAUCUAUCAAAUGCAAAAUAAAUCAAAAAAAUAUACAGAAACCAAGUUUAAGAAGCUCACAAACAACUUUUCAACUAUUUACUUAUAUUUUCCACCUGUUUAAGAGCACCUCUUAAUUUUUUUUGAUUAGAUAAUGAAACCAACUCACUUCCCAAAAACGGCCAAUAAUCACGAUUGUAACAUAAGCCUAUGCCUAAACUUAAAUUUUUUGUCAGCUUAAGAAAGGUUAUUUGAAAAAUAACGCAAACAUUUUCAAUAAAAUAAUAUAUAUACAAAUAUAUAUAUAUAAAUCUAUAUGCGACUGUACAUGUGUUUUUUAGCUAGCUAAACUAACUUUAUACCGUAAAAUAAUAGAACAAUUGAAUAAAUAUUAACUAAAGUUGGACGCAACACUAAAUCACAACAGAUAGAACUCGAUUUAAAACCUACUACUGCUCGAAAUGCUGAAACAUUAUAAAUAUUAAGUAUUGCUGGAUAUGUAUAAUUUGCACAGAGACCACCAAGCACACAGAAGACACGUCAACCCAAGCUAAAACAAAGAAAAACCAUCUGGAAUAUUCAAUAUUGAUAAUUUGUAAUGCAUUAACAACAACAUUAAAUAAACUAACAAUAAUU